AUGACCACUUUACUAUUAGUGUUUGUGUGUUUGCGAGUCAUCACCACAGCCAUCUCUGUGGAGCUCUCAGACAGUAGUGAUGGCCUGGAAGUGAAGAUACCUGAGCAGUCUCCCCUGCGUGUUGUCCUGGGAAGCUCCCUGAACAUCCCCUGUUACUUCAACAUCCCAGAGGAACAGGACACCAGUGCUCUGCUGACCCCACGGAUCAAAUGGAGCAAACUCUCAAACGGGACCGAAGUUGUCUUGCUAGUGGCCACCGGUGGGAAAAUCCGUCUCAACACCGAGUACAGGGAGGCGAUCUCUUUGCCCAAUUACCCCGCCAUUCCCACCGAUGCCACCUUGGAAAUCAAAGCGCUGAGAUCCAACCACACUGGGAUUUAUCGCUGUGAAGUGAUGUACGGGAUUGAGGACAGACAAGACACAAUAGAGAUCCUAGUGAAAGGCAUCGUAUUCCACUACAGAGCAAUCUCCACAAGGUACACCUUGAACUUCGAGAAAGCAAAGCAGGCCUGCAUCCAGAACAGCGCUGUCAUUGCUACUCCCGAGCAGCUGCAAGCUGCCUACGAGGAUGGGUACGAGCAGUGUGAUGCUGGCUGGCUGGCUGAUCAGACUGUCAGGUACCCCAUCCACUGGCCCCGGGAGCGCUGCUACGGUGACAAGGAUGAAUUUCCUGGAGUGAGAACCUACGGUGUCCGCGAGCCAGAUGAAACCUAUGAUGUUUACUGCUAUGCAGAGCAAAUGCAAGGUAAAGUCUUCUAUGCCACCGACCCUGAGAAGUUCACCUUCCAAGAAGCUUUCGACAAAUGCCGCAGUUUGGGAGCUCGUUUGGCCACCACAGGAGAGCUGUACUUGGCCUGGAAGGACGGCAUGGACAUGUGCAGCGCAGGCUGGCUGGCCGAUCGCAGCGUCCGCUACCCCAUUUCCAGAGCACGGCCCAACUGCGGAGGAAACCUGGUGGGCGUGCGGACGGUGUACCUGUACGUCAACCAAACAGGGUACCCUCACCCCCACUCUCGCUACGAUGCCAUCUGCUAUAGCGGGGACGACGUUGAGACUCUGGUCCCAGGGCAGUUCAUCGAUGAGACGGGAAGCGAGCUUGGCAGCGCUUUCACUGUCCAGACCGUCACCCAGACCGAAGUGGAGCUACCUCUGCCACGCAAUGCCACGGAGGAGGAGGCCCGUGGCAGCAUCGCCACCCUGGAGCCCAUUGAAAUCACACCCACCGCCACCGAGCUGUACGAGGGCUUCACUGUGCUGCCGGACCUCUUCGCCACCAGUGUCACAGUAGAGACAGCUGCCCCAGAGGAGGAGAACGUGACCAGGGGGGAUGUCACAGGGGUGUGGGCUGUACCCGAAGAGGUCACCACCAUAGCCUUAGGCACUGCCAUCACCACUGAAACAGCAGAGGUGAGCUCGGUGGAAGAGGCCAUGGGGGUGACUGCCACACCAGGACUAGAGUCUCCCGAGCAGCCCAUCUCCCCCACAGGUGUGGUGUUUCACUACCGCGCCGCCACCAGCAGAUACGCCUUCUCCUUCGUCCAAGCCCAGCAGGCCUGCCUGGAGAACAACGCAGUUAUUGCCACUCCCGAACAGCUCCAGGCUGCCUACGAGGCUGGCUUUGACCAGUGCGAUGCUGGCUGGCUGCGGGACCAGACAGUCAGGUAUCCUAUUGUGAAUCCCCGAAGUAACUGCUUAGGAGACAAAGAGAGCUCUCCGGGUGUGCGGUCGUACGGUAUGCGCCCGGCCUCGGAGACCUAUGAUGUGUACUGCUACAUUGACAGGCUCAAGGGUGAGGUGUUCUUCGCAACCCAGCCAGAGCAGUUCACCUUCCCAGAAGCUCAGCAGUACUGUGAGAGCCAAAACGCCACACUGGCCUCUGUUGGCCAACUCCAUGCUGCCUGGAAGCAGGGCCUGGACAGAUGCUACGCUGGCUGGUUAGCCGACGGCAGUCUCCGCUAUCCCAUCGUGAGCCCCCGUCCCGCCUGCGGGGGGGAUGCGCCCGGCGUGAGAACUGUCUACGAGCUCUACAAUCAGACCGGCUUUCCCGACCCGCUGUCCCGGCAUCACGCCUUCUGCUUCAGAGCUCUGCCACCUGCGGAGGAGGAGGGGGUCACCUCGUUCUUUGAAGAAGAUGUGCUGGCAACUCAAGUGAUCCCUGGAGUGGAGGAGGUGCCCUCCGGGGAGGAGGCAACCAUGGAGACGGAGUUUGCCACUCAAGCUGAGAAUCAGACAGCCUGGGGGACAGAGGUCUUUCCAACCGAUGUGUCACUGCUCUCAGUGAGUCCAUCUGCUUUUCCUCCAGCUACCAUAAUACCAGAGGAAACAAGUACCAAUGCUUCAGUCAGUGAAGUGUCAGGGGAGGUGACUGAAUCUGGAGAACAUCAAGUCAGUGGCGAAUCUUCGGCAUCCGGGUGGGUAUCUGGAGUCCCGGAUACAAGCGGAGAACUGACUUCUGGAGUUUUUGAACUUAGUGGAGAACACUCAGGGACUGGAGAAAGUGGAUUACCAUCGGUAGACCUGCAUACCAGUGGCUUUCUACCUGGAGAAAGUGGGCUACCCUCAGGGGACCUGAGUGGGGUGCCUUCUGGUGUUGUUGACAUCAGUGGCUUACCUUCUGCAGAGGAAGAUGUAUCAGUGUCUACUUCAAGGAUACCAGAAGUUAGUGGGAUGCCAUCUGGAGUGGAAAGCAGUGGGCUGCCUUCUGGAUUUAGCGGAGAAGUCUCUGGCACUGAGCUAGUCAGUGGCGUGUCAUCUGCAGAGGAAAGUGGACUCGCCUCUGGUUUUCCUACUGUCUCUCUUGUGGAUACCACGUUGGUGGAAGUUGUAACGACAGCGCCAGAACGGCGAGAGGAGGGAAAAGGAUCCAUUGGAGUCAGCGGUGAAGGCGAUCUGUCAGGGUUCCCAUCUGCUGAGUGGGACACCAGUGGAGGAACCCAAGGGUUACCCUCAGGAGCUGAGCUCAGCGGGGAGCCUUCUGGGGUGCCCGAGCUCAGCGGGGAGCCUUCUGGGAUACCCGAGCUCAGCGGGGAGCCCUCUGGAGGGCCUGAGCUCAGCGGGGAACCUUCUGGGGUGCCCGAGCUCAGCGGGGAGCCUUCCGGAGGGCCUGAGCUCAGCGGCGAACCUUCUGGGGUGCCCGAGCCCAGGCCUGAGCUCAGCGGGUUGCCCUCAGGACUGGAUGUCAGUGGAGAACUAUCUGGAACACAUGAGAUCAGUGGCCUGGUGGACCUAAGUGGCCUUACUUCUGGUAUUGAUGGAAGUGGUGAGGCCUCGGGCAUUACCUUCGUAGAUGCCAGUUUGGAGGAAGUGACAACAACCCCCUCAAUUACGGAAGCAGAAGCAAAAGAGAUUUUGGAAAUCAGUGGAUUGCCUUCAGGAGGUGAACAAUCAUCAGGCAUGGUAUCUGGGAGUUUAGACAUCAGUGGUGAGCCUUCUGGGCAUGUAGACUUUGGUGGGAGUGUUUCUGGAGUGCUCGAGAUGAGCGGAUACCCGAGUGGAACGAUUGACAGCAGUGGAGAAGUCUCUGGAGUUGAUGUCACCAGUGGCCUACUGUCUGGAGAGGAAAGUGGACUCACUUCUGGCUUUCCCACAGUCUCUCUUGUGGAUACCACUUUGGUGGAAGUUGUAACACAGACAUCAGUUGCACAAGAGGUGGGAGAAGGGCCAUCCGGGAUGAUAGAAAUCAGUGGAUUUCCUUCUGGAGACAGAGGACUAUCUGGAGAAGGGUCUGGAGCUGUGGAGACUAGUGGGUUUCCUUCAGGGACAGGAGACUUCAGUGGAGAGCCAUCCAGGAUCCCGUACAUCAGUGGAGACAUUUCUGGAGCCACAGAUCUAAGUGGACAAUCUUCAGCAGUGACUGAUAUUAGUGGGGAGGCCUCAGGGCUUCCAGAAGUCACUUUAGUCACUUCUGAUUUAGUAAAAGUUGUGACAAGACCAACAGUAUCACAGGAACUAGGUGGGGAAACAGCUGUCACAUUUCCCUAUGGUUUUGGGCCAAGUGGUGAGGCCUCUUCAUCAGGUGAACUAAGUGGGGAAACAUCCGCUUUGCCAGAAAGUGGUAGAGAAACAUCAACAGCUUAUGAAAUCAGUGGUGAAACAUCUGCAUUUCCUGAAACUAGUGUAGAAACAUCCACAAUUCACGAAAUCAGUGGGGAGACAUCUGCAUUUCCCGAAUUUAGCAUAGAAACAUCAACAAUUCAAGAAAUCAGUGGAGAAACCUCUGCGUUUCCUGAAAUUAUCAUAAAAACAUCCACAAUUCAAGAAGUAAGUGGGGAAACCUCUGCAUUUCCUGAAAGUAGCACAGAAACUUCCACAAGUCAAGAAAUCAGUGGAGAAACAUCUGCAUUUCCUGAAAUUAGAAUAGAAACAUCCACCAUUCAAGACAUCAGUGGGGAAACGUCUGCAUUUCCUGAAAUUAGAAUAGAAACGUUCACAAGUCAGGAGGCCAGGGGUGAAACAUCUGGCUAUCCCGAAAUUAGCAUAGAAACAUCCACAGUCCACGAAACCAGUGGAGAAACAUCUGCCUUUCCUGAAAUCAGCAUAGAAACUUCAACAGUCCACGAAAUCAGUGGAGAAACAUCUGCCUUUCCUGAAAUUAGCAUAGAAACUUCAACAGUCCACGAAAUCAGUGGAGAAACAUCUGCCUUUCCUGAAAUUACCAUAGAAACUUCAACAGUCCAAACUCCGACAGUCCAUGAAAUCAGUGGGGAAACAUCUGCAUUUCCCAAAAUUAGCAUAGAAACUUCGACAGUCCACGAAAUCAGUGGGGAGACAUCUGCAUUUCCUGAAAUUAGAAUAGAAACAUCCGCAAGUCAAGAAGCCCGAGGUGAAACAUCUGCAUUACCUGAGAUUAGCAUAGAAACUUCGACGGUCCAUGAAUUCAGUGGGGAAACAUCUGCAUUCCCUGAGAUUAGCAUAGAAACACCAAGAAGUCAAGAAGCCAGGGGUGAAACAUCUGCCUUUCCUGAGAUUAACAUAGAAACAUCCACAGUUCAAGAAUUAAGUGGAGAAACCUCUGCAUUUCCUGAAAUUAGAAUAGAAACAUCCACAAGUCAAGAAGCCCAGGGUGAAACAUCUGCGUUUCCUGAGAUUAGCAUAGAAACAUCCACAGUCCAUGAAACCAGUGGAGAAGCAUCCGCCUUGCCUGCUGCUAACAUCGAAACAGCUGCCACAUCUUUGGCCAGUGGUGAGCCCUCUGGUGCUCCCGAGGAGAAGGAAAUUCCUGACACAACAUCUGGAGCUGUUACACACUCGAUCGCAGGCGUUUCAGGGGAAACCUCUGUCCCAGACGUUGUAAUUAGUACCAGUGCUCCAGAUGUUGAACCAACACAGGGACCCAGGAACCCUGAAGAGGCUCAGCUUGAAAUAGAGCCCUCCCCUCCCGCAGUGUCAGGACAAAAGACGGAGACAGAUGUUGUUCUAAACAAUCCCCAUCUGCUGGCCACCGCUGCUGCUGCCCUGCCUCAAGUGCCACAAGAAGCAAUAGACACAUUAGGACCUACUACAGAAGACACUGAUGAGUGCCACUCAAGCCCCUGUCUGAAUGGAGCUACCUGCGUUGAUGGCAUCGACUCUUUCAAAUGUUUAUGCCUUCCCAGCUACGGAGGGGACCUGUGUGAGAUCGACCUGGAAAACUGCGAGGAAGGCUGGACCAAGUUCCAGGGCCACUGCUACAGGCACUUUGAAGAGAGGGAGACUUGGAUGGAUGCAGAGACCAGAUGCCGACAACAUCAAGCCCACCUGAGCAGUAUCAUCACCCCAGAGGAGCAACAAUUUGUGAACAGCCACGCGCAGGACUACCAGUGGAUCGGUCUCAGCGACAGAGCUGUGGAGAACGAUUUCCGCUGGUCCGACGGGCACUCCCUGCAAUUUGAGAACUGGCGGGCCCACCAACCCGACAACUUCUUCGCGGCGGGUGAGGACUGCGUUGUGAUGAUCUGGCACGAGCAAGGCGAAUGGAACGACGUCCCCUGCAACUAUCACCUCCCUUUCACCUGCAAGAAAGGAACAGUGGUCUGCGGGGACCCCCCCGUGGUGGAGAACGCCAGGACCUUUGGUCGGAAGAAGGACCGCUACGAAAUAAACUCCAUGGUGCGGUACCAGUGCAACCAAGGCUACAUCCAGCGCCACGUGCCCACAAUUCGGUGCCAGCCCAACGGGCAGUGGGAGGAGCCGCGGAUAUCUUGCAUAAACCCCUCCAACUACCAGCGCAGGCUAUACAAGAGGAGCCCCAGGAGCCGGUCGAGACCCAGCGGCAGAGCCGUGCACAGACCCACCCAUUAGAGCGGGGCGAGAGAGACCGAGGGGGAAAGCGAGAGAGAAAGAGAGAUUUUUAACGGAACAGUUAUAUUAACAGAGUCGAUUUCUUCUUCUUCUUGUUGCUUUUUUGUCAUAUAAGGAAAAAAAAA